AUGGCUGCAACAUGUUUUGUUCAGCCCUUGGAUCUCGUGAAGAAUCGUAUGCAACUAGCCGGCAAAAGUGGUGAAAAGAAGUUCAAAUCAAGUUUCCAUGCUCUAUCGACUAUUGUCAAAAACGAAGGCGUAAUGGAGCUUUACAAUGGCUUGAGCGCUGGAUUGCUAAGGCAAGCAACCUACACUACAACGAGACUUGGCAUUUACACGUGGAUGCUUGAAAAAUUUACGAAGAAGGAUCAACCACUUUCGUUUCCUGUGAAAGCAUCUCUGGGAAUGGGAGCUGGCGCUUGUGGAGCACUGGUAGGGACUCCCGCAGAAUUAGCACUCAUUCGUAUGACAGGUGAUGGGCACUUGCCGCCUGAGCAAAGGCGAAACUACAAAAACGUCGUUGACGCGCUGAUCCGUGUCAUAAAAGAAGAAGGAGUUCUUGUUCUUUUCCGCGGUUGCACUCCAACUGUGAUUCGGGCUAUGGUAGUAAAUGCGGCACAACUGGCCACAUACUCGCAAGCCAAACAGAUGAUUCUUGCAACAGGGAAAUUCCACGACGUGGGUUUAUUUAGAAUCCAAGCAAUGAAGAUCAUAGAUGGAGUGCCAGAAUACACUGGUCCCUUAGACGUCUGCAUCAAAGUAAGACCUUUAACUGUGUUACCCUCAACUGAGUCGGGCAUGAAAUUCAUGUUUCAGCUAUUGAAAAAGGAAAGUGUUCGCCUUUGGAAAGGGUUCACGCCUUAUUAUAUGAGAUUAGGGCCUCAUACUGUGCUUACCUUUAUUUUUCUGGAACAGUUUAACCGAGCCUACAUUAGAAUAUUCCAUCUCACA